CCAUGUGCACACGCUUGUGCACUUUGCACAAGUGCACUACCAGGAAGGCCGGUGUUUCCACUCCCAGGUGGACCAGAAUUCUGGAUGAUUACCACCACAUCCGUGACUUGAUCAUCGCCAGCCCACGGUUGAUGGCAGAUACAACAAUUCAGUUGUUUCAAAUCAACCAGCGGACACUUAUUCAGUGGUUUCAACAGCGGCUGAAAGGUCAGGAGAUGAGUACACUCACUCAGGGACUGACUCCAGCACCCCAAAUUCCCGUCGCCCCUGCCCAGCUUCCGCAGCCGCAGGAAAAACUGAUCGUCCCUCCUGCAUCAUCUGGGCAACGACAUGAAUUUGUGUUCCCCCCGAAUCUGGAGGGCCGGGCUCCUCUGCUACGCCCAGGCCGUUGCCCCAAAGACCGCCAAGACCGUCCAAUUGCCCCCACCCCACCACCCGUUUUUCCUCUCCCUGCAACAUUAGGCACCAGUGCACUGCCAGUGCCAACUCCCUUCACAUUGGUACAGCUCCCAGCAAUGACUGUUCCUGCACCACCUGUUCCCUUUCUCCAGCUCCCAGCCACGACUUUGGCUGCCUCAACACCUGGUGCAGCCCCAUCUGUACCUGCGCCACCUCCGCCCGCUGGCCCGCCGCCUCCUCCCGCUGGCCCACCACCUCCUGUUUCACGGUACACAGAGAGGAACAGGCGUCGGCGAGCCGCUGAAGAGGCCAGUGGUAGUGCGGAGAAAAGAAAAUAUGUAAGGGGUGCGACAUAUAACAUGUGUAGCCAAUGUGGCAAACCCAAGACUAAAGAGUAUGGGCAUAGUCGCUUUGGGAGCGUGACUUUCUGUUCCCAGGCCUCAGGUGGCAAGUCUCUUGAAGAGUGGUUGGAAGAACAGAGAGCUCAAAAGUAGUUCUUCUAUUGUACAAUAUGUAUAUAGUGUGUGUAUAAGUUCUGCUGCUAUUGCUUGUAUAUAGUGUGUUUGUGUGUGUGUAUAUACCACAUAUAUUAUGUAGUUUUUACAUGUACAUAGUUUUCCUGACAACCUUCCCCCUUUACUCAUGCACAUUUCUCCCUGUAAAUUGUACAUUGGUUUGUGUGAGUGAUUAAAUACAUGCUUGGUUUUUAAACUUGAUGUUUCAUCUCUUGUUUUUUA